AUGUCGAUCACAAACGUUAAUGUCGAAUCAGUAUCUAGUUGCAGAGCGGGAUCGGCGCCGGAGACUCCAAAAAACCGGGUGAAGUUUAUGUGCAGUCAUGGCGGCAAGUUCCUCCCUCGCCCCGCCGACGGCCGUAUCAAGUACGUCGGCGGUGAAACCCGCCUCAUCUGCGUUCCUCGCGACAUUACGUUCCCCGAACUCAUGAUGAAGCUUACUACCAUGUUCAAUGGUGAUCGAAUUAUCCUCAAGUACCAGUUCAUCCCAGAAGAUCUUGAUGUCUUGGUAACAGUAAAAUCCGAUGAAGAUAUGCGCCACAUGAUUGAAGAAUGUGAUCAAUUCUCAUCACCAAGACUCCGAGCCUUCCUUUUCUCAUCAAACCCCAACAAGAUCCAAUCCAUGGAUCACAACUCCUUUGAACGAAGCUACAUAAAUUCCAUCAAUGGCAUCAUCAUCCACCCAUCACCAACAUACAAUACUUACAACACCUUCAAACCACUCCCGGUUUACACAACCCACACAACCGUCACCAUCUCCACCACCUGCUCCUCCUCAAGAGCACCACCGGAGACCACCGUCACCUGUUCCAUCACUAACCCUGAAGUUACUGUUUACCAUGGUAAACUUAGCGAACUGCCCAGACACCAUAGCUCCCCUAGCUUGUGUGAUCUAAGCAACCAUCAGAAUCCGGUGAACCACCACCACCAUCCCCACCAACCUCCAAAACCGCCGCUUAAUCGUCACCCUCAUACGGCUUCUACCUCUGAGAAUCUUGGUAGGAUGAGGUCGGGAUCGUCAAGCUUGGGACAUUUGUGA